AAUUCUGACAGAUGCGAAUACCGUCCAGUUGCAACGGAAAGGAAAACCAAUAUCUCUGCAUCUACUUUAAAGAAAAGGAGAAAUGCUGGUUCAUACUCCAGUAAGAACGACGGACUCUAUUCAACAAAUCCCUUUGAACUUGAGGUUCUGGUUGGUAACCGUAUUUUUCACUUCAUGGGUUCGUGCGAGUAAUGUUGGUGGACCUUGUCACACAACGCAAUACUCUGUCAAAGGAAUGUACCUUCGAGGUCAUACGUUCAAAAACGUACGAGUUGGACCGCAUGACUCGUGCUACUUCAAGUGCACGGAAGAAGUCACGUGUCAAAGCUACAACUUCGUCAUUGGUCAAAACAUUUGUGAGUUGAACAAUCGUACAAAGGAAGCAAGACCUGAAGACUUUUUGCCUGACGAGACGAGAUACUAUAUGAGGCGUCUUACUAACAGAGUACCACUGGGAUCCAUACCAGAGCUUCCCGCUGAAUCAUGCAGUGAGAUCAUAGCGAGUGAAGGAGGUGCUAUAAAAUACAAGAAAUACUGGAUUCACUCCCAUGGGAAAAGUGGGUCAAUUGAGGCUUAUUGUGAAGAUGGCUGGCAGAAGGUAAAUGGCGAAGACCCAGUCUGCUUUGGAGCCAAAAAUAACAAGUAUGGUUCCAUCAUAAUCACGAAAAGUGGACGCCUCAGGACAAUGAAGCUCGUUCACAAAAAUGGAUCGCUACGCUGCAAUUCAGAAACGGGUCCAUCUUUCUGGGGCUGCACUUAUGCACCAUAUGGCAAAAAGCUGUCAACAAUUAUAACAGAUGCCACUAAAACCGUCGUUCUACCUCCCGUCAAAGACUUAAAAGGGUUUCGUGCCUCACAAUCUCACGACUGUGGCACCAAAAAACACUUUUACAGUCUCAACGGGACUAGCCACAAUUCCACAGUGCUGGCUUUCCAAACCCUCUCCAAUCCAUUGUCUGUGUCUCGAGACGAAGAGUUGCAGAUAUGGUACGGACAGGAUCUAAAAGACUGUUCCGAAAGUGGGAACAGCGGUUCAGCCUGUGUUGAUGUCUAUGCUUGGUAUGAGUAAGAGAAUAGUCGCUCGGCACGUCCUUGCGUGUUAUUAGGAUGUCUCGUAUCUUCGUGAAAGAUGUCUUUCUGUAGCAAUGUAAGUCUUAAAAAGAGUUUCGUGGCUAUAAGAGCUCACUGUAAGCGUAACAAGAUGAGCAAGAGAGUAGGUUUAUCACAGUACUUUAGUAUGCACUAUAUAUGCGAUGGUACAAUAAUUAGUUUGUGCCAAAACGGAAGGUUUUUUAACUCCCACGUGAAACUCUGAUGGUAGCUCCAAGAAGACUGUUAAACGGUUCGGAAUUAGGAAAGAUCCACUAGAAUCUCAGAGAAUUGCCGGUCUUCGGUGGGAUACCCUAUGCCCUGAUGAAGACGGUCAAAAGUGGAAGUUCAACUAGUUUUUUAAAUAUUAUUACUUUAAGUCUCAUCACUUUUAUUAUCAUUUCAAUUACUCUCAUCAGUAUUACCAUUAUUGCUUUGCUAUAACUAGUGAAAAGUGAAACAAUGACCAUUUUAUUAAAAAGCUGAACUUUG